AUGUAUCCAUACAACUUCCUCCUCACAGUCCUAUCCUUGGGAACGGCUGUCCUGGCCGCACCCACCGAACUAGUCACUCGCGCAGCCAGGACUAGUGCCCCCUCAGGUUGCCUGACAGUCGGUUCUAACGGGAAGUACUCCACUAUCGGCGAUGCCCUGACUGCCCUCGGCUCUUCCUCAGCGGCGGCUUGUAUCUAUGUCGCUAGUGGCACCUACGAGGAACAGAUUACUAUCAACUAUGCCGGUGCUCUGACCUUGUAUGGUGAGACUGCUGAUACGGAGACGUACAAGAAAAACACCGUUACCAUUACCCAUACCAUCUCUUCCCCCCAGGCUGGCUCGCUGGAUAAGAGUGCUACUGUGAAUGUUGUCGCCGAUGGGUUCAAGAUGCACAACAUCAAUGUGGUGAACGGGUUCGGGAAAGGUGCACAGGCUGUUGCCUUCUAUGCAUGCCAGUUCUCCGGAUACCAGGAUACCCUGUACGCCAAGGCGGGAAGACAGUACUAUGCCAACUGCAAGGUUGAGGGAGCCGUGGACUAUAUCUUUGGCGCUGCCUCCGCCUGGUUCAAUAACUGCGACAUUGUCUCCAACGGCCCUGGCGCCAUAACCGCCAGUUCACGCCAGACAACCACCGACACGACCUGGUAUGCAUUUGACGACUGCACUGUCAAGGCUGCGUCAAGUGCUAUCAAGGUUGGCACUGUAUUCCUUGGCCGUCCAUGGCGAGUCCUUGCUCGCGUCAUCUUCCAGAACUCCAGCCUGCGUAGUGUGGUUAAUCCCAAGGGAUGGACGACAAUGGCGGACGGAGCUACACCACUCUACUAUGAGUAUAAUAAUUCUGGGGCCGGGUCGGAUACUUCUGAGCGCCAGUUCGAGACUCAUAUCUCGGCAGCGGUCACAAAGGAGACUGUUUUGGGAAGUGAUUACGCUACUUGGAUUUGA